ACUUACAAUGGAGAAGCUGGUUAUCUAAACGCAUUUCAUUAUUAAGAUUAAUGAAGGAAGUGAGAGUGUGACAUCAUCCAUUGGCUUCAAGGCAUUCGAGUGACCUAGACUCGCAAACCUAGAUUCCAUUUUCUCUAAUUGUUCCAUAACUGUUGUUAUUGUUGUGUUUUACUUUUAACUUGCAGUGAAAUUCGGUAAAUAUACAAACAAUUUUUAAUUAUUAUAUUACCUUUUAUCCAGCAAUACGAUGACAUUGAUAUAUAGUUUAUGUAUAUUAAAAAAAAAAAUUGAACUUUCCUGUUUUGGUAGUUAAGUUUCAAAGAAAAGUGUUGCGCAACUUUAUGUUGUUACAUUCAAUUUAUUCGCUUGACUUAUCAAUCUACGCUUAUUGUAAACGGGUGCGCAUCAUGUGGAAAUUACUUAAACUGAUUAUUGUGGUUACUGCCGUUAACGGAGUACCUAUUAAUCAGCUUUGUGGAAAGAACGAAGAGUUUAGACACCAAAGCUGCGAGCCGACUUGUAACAGGGUUCAUGAUCAACCUUGCUCUGUUGUGGAGAAAUAUGACGGUUGCUUUUGUAAAACAGAUUUUAUAAGAGAUGAAAAAAAUAAAUGUAUUCCGGUUGGCGAAUGCAGUAAAAAAAUGUGCAAUAUGCCAAAUGAAGAAUUAAAUUUAAAUGGAGAUUUAAGAUUUUGCAAUGGAUCCGGAACUUAUUAUACUACAAAAUUUAAAUUCGAUGUAAUAAAAAUAUGUUUCUGUAAGGACGGAUACGCUAAGAAACAUGAUGCGUGUGUCCCUAUUAAAGAAUGCACGUAAGUCUAUAAAAAGAUCCAACAUUAUAGAGGCGUUGAACUGUAUAUAAACGAGUAUUCCAUACGUCAUUUCUGCAUAUUUAUCUAACAUGCUUCAAGCAAUUGUACAUAGUUUUCAAACGUGGAGUUUUACUAGUGCUUUUAUCUAACCGGAUUCAACAGAUAAUUAUCCAAAAGAUCCAUCUUGUAUAAAUCAUAUUUCAUUGAAAGGUGCAAAAGCCAAAGAAGAAGGAACAAGUUGGCAUUAUAUUAUUAUUAUUAUUAUUAUGACCGGAAUGUUAUUUAUUGUAUCAUGAGUUUGCUUUACAUGUUUAUGAUCGUUUUAUGUAAUGAAUAUGUACUCAGGAAUAUUUAUAAAUAUAAAAUUAAUUUCUUAGAUAUUGUA